GUCAAUGAAACGUGUUUGGCGCCCUCAAUAUUGAGGGCGCCAAACACAGUUUAAUUGCCAAACACGCAGCAGCUGUCUUGCUUGGACUGCAGACAUGGUGUACAACCUCUGUCUCUCCGUUCCUUUGGAAUAUUGAGGAGUCUUUGGAACUCGCGUUUACUUCUGAAGUUCUGGCAUGUGUAGCUAGCAAACCUUCACGUGGGCUUGAUCAUCUUCUGUUAGGCCUAUGUUGUUGUUGGAUGAGCCAUACUCAUAGCCAAUGUCAUCGCCGAUCGCAUCAUUUCGCAUGUCAUGACGGCGGUGCAGAUAAUCCCAAGCUGAUAAAAAUCAACCAGUCUAAGUUAGUUCUCUUGGUUGGGGAGUUAUUUGGGUGGUAACGAAGCAGUGGACCAGGCAAUCAAUCGAGCACACCAUUGAGACAUGGAUCGACCUCCACUGAUUGACGGAGCUGUGCUAACUUAGAUUGACACCAUUGAUGAUAAAGUUGUACUGAAUUUCCUUCUGGACUACCCUCUUGGAACAAACUGAAGCGCCACCUAGAGUUCUAUGUCAGACAGUUGAACUUUGACCUUGAGACUGGCCGUGAAUCCUCGCUGGAGAUGCUGGCCACUAUCUUCUCAUCAUUCCCACAGAUCUACAUUUUGGUGUUAUUGAUACAGAAAACACUGGAGACGUAUGCAGGAAUGUUUUUUAUUCCCAUGGCAACAAGACUAGUCAACGAUGAAUCAGCUAAAUGUCGCAAGAUCACUGCAUUGGCCAUCAGGUCAUUGCUGCAGAAGUUAUGGGUAGAGAAGAGAGAUGAACUCUUCACCAUGGCAACCCACUGGCUCCAUGACAACAAUCCAGCCCAUCAGUGUCUUUCCUCACAGCUUUGUGGCAUCUUUGUCGAUGCCGAGGAGGCAGGUAUCCAGCGACGGUUGGAUGACAUACUUCCUCAGAUACAGGAACAUAUCAAACCAGAUGGGUUGCAGAAGGAUGGCAUGUCUGCGAUGGAGACAGAUGAUACAUCUAUGGAGGAGAGACAUACAGAUCACAUGUUGUUCAACUUGCUAUCAGCGUUAGCCAAGAUGAUUAAACACUGUUCAAUCAUCGGCAACAAGGCGUACACAGACACCCUGAAUGCAAUCUGGGAUCCAUCCAAUCUCAUCUUCUCCAUCCGCACUCCUGGGUGCGUCUGGUUUCGGCCCAGCUCUUUGGAGACCUGUUUGCUUCUAAACAACCAGACAUCAUUGCCAGGACCAUGCUGAAAGCUGCAUCUGGUACCUAGACUACUAACACCUCGGCCAAUGAGAAUCGGAUGGGGAAGAAGACAAAACGCAAGAGGAUGGCUGAUAAAGAAAGGGGCGGAGUCACAGGUAAAAUGGAGGCGGUGGAGUAUCCAUUGAACCAUGGACAGGAAAUCGUCAGGGAGUUAGUCUUUACAUUUUGCAAGCAGCUUCAGUCGGCCUUGCUGAACAAAGAUCUUGGAGAUCAGGUUGUGAGAAAUCUUGUGUUCCUUGGGAAAAGUCAUCCACCGUUUGUAUCCGGAUAAAACUGAGAUUUACCAAACGGAGGAGAGAUCGGACAGUGAAGAUGAAAACGAUGAUGAAAAUGAUGAAAGGACUCCCAAGCUCUCUGCAGAGCAGAAUACCACCAACACGGACAAACAAGGACUUGGACGUCGGACUCCGAGCCCCGCUGACUUGACUUGGUUCUUGAGGAGGAUGUGUCGCAUCGCUGCCUCAGAGGCAGCCAAGACACCCAAACAGACCCUGAGACGGACUUGUGUUGUCAAGUGGCUUGCUGCCAUGGCAAUGGAUGUAGGAGGAGACAGAUUGCCCAGUUAUCUGAAGCUAAUGAUGAAGCCGAUGUGUCGGGAGAUCGGCGAUCAAAAGUCACACGCAGACAACGAUCUUCGUCAGCUUUGUCAGGAAGCAUUGGAUCUCAUCAAGAGCCUUGUGGGAUUGGAGACAUUCUCUCAUGCUUAUGCUGACGUCCAAAGGGUCAUCACACAGACCAGAAUCCAAAGCAAACAACAGAGGGCGCUACAGGCUGUUGCUGAUCCAGUCCAAGCAGCAAAACC